UUUGCAGCUUAGCAGCUCAAGUGCACAUGUGCUAUGCAUAACUUCAGCCUUGGAUUUCACAUAACAAGGCACGUUAAUGUUUUACUCACCUUGCCUUUUGUAUUAGUUACGCUCAUAGACAUGUUGUACAUAUUUGACCCUUGAACCGUUUGGGUUAUUUAACAGCACUGAGCCGUGAGAGUCCUGCAGCAUGAUGGCUUCACUUUGACCAUAGCAGACAUAUGAACAUGCACUCCCCAGCAAAGGCGAGGGCAGCCGUGGCCCCCCCUGAUGCUGGACACGGCUGGUUUAUUCUGCUCUCCUGCUUCCUAGUAUUUGGCCUAACCUUUGGGGUCAUUAAGGCAUUUGGUGUAUUCUACGUUGAGAUACACCAAUACUUUGAUACCACGGCAACAGGAACAUCUUGGAUUACCUCCAUUGCCGUGGCAACCAUUCACGUUGUGGCUCCUGUAGCGUCUGCUCUGAGUGCUCGCUAUAGCCAUCGCUCCGUAGUGAUGAUGGGAGGACUGAUAUGCAGCGUAGCAGUCGUGUGUGGGGCUUUUGCUCGUAGCCUGAUUGAACUCUACCUAACGGUGGGGUUCCUGAAUGGUUUUGGCUAUGCAAUGACAUGGACCCCCACUGUGACCAUGCUGGGCUUAUACUUUGAGAAGAGGCGUCCGAUGGCAAACGCCUUGGCCAGCGCUGGAGAGUGCAUCCUUACCUUUGUCCUCACGCCACUGUUCCAGCUGUUGAUUGACAGCUACUCCUGGAGGGGGGCUUUGUUAAUCCUGGGGGGUCUGCAGUUUAACCUCUGCGUGUGCGGGAUGCUGUUGAGGCCACUAAAAGCCCCCAGAGACGUAACUCGUGAGGUCAACACAGCGGAGGAAGGCUUGACACUGGAAUUGCUACCAAAAGACAACUCGGCACAAAUCAAAACAAGCUCAUCCAAAGGGUCGGAUCACGUUUUUGAGGACGCUGAAGAGAUACCUAAUUCAAUCGAGACAGACAACAGGACCAGGAAGUCUGAUCUAAGGAUAAAGAUCCUUAAAUACGUCGAUUAUACUCUCAUCUCCAAUGCCCAAUUCAUGGUUUACUCAAUGUUUGGUUUUUUUGCCGCGUUGGGUUUCUUCGCCCCAGCUCUGUUUCUGGUCCCAUACGCUCGCAGUAAGGGCAUUGAGGAGUACCAGGCAGCCGUGCUCAUGUCCAUCUCUGCAGCGUUGGACCUAUUUGGAAGGUUGUUCUUUGGCUGGGUGGCAAACCUUAGACUGGUGGAGACGGCGCGGCAGCUGACGGCCACAGUGAUCCUGCUGGGGACGGUGUUACUCAUCUGCCCGGUGGCCUCCUCGUUCUCAGAGCUGGCGGUUUUCAGCGCAGUUUACGGCCUGGUUUACGGUGCCACGGUUGCAGUCCACAUCACCGUGCUGGCUGAGAUUGUGGGAGUCAACCGCUUUGGAAGUGCGCUUGGUUUCUUCAUGCUCAUACGCAGUAGCGGAGGCCUGCUUGGACCUCCUAUUGCUGGAUUCUUCAUAGACAAGAUGCAUGACUACGGAACGGGUUUCUUAAUGGCUGGAGUCUCUCUCAACGUCUCUGCCAUGUUCCUGCUCCUCCUCCUUCAUCUGAACCGUAGGGGUCAAGGGUCGACUUCCAAACACACUGAUAUGCAUUAACAGAAGAUGACACCAAAGCCAAAGAGCUAAAACCGAAGAGCCGGACGUGAGAUGAAUGACUGAAAAUCUGUUUCGGUUGCUAAUAGACGAAGCGUAAUUGAAGAGACCUGGAUUACAGACAAAGGAUAAAUCAAGUGAAGUCUUUUUACAAACCCCCUGCGGACUUACAAGAGGAUCAAACCCCUUGAUUUAUUUCAACCGUUACUGAUAUGAUUGGCUCUGCAGGUGCCUUCUCAGUCCUCGGGCAGCUUAAAGCUUUUGUUCAUGUGUUUUCACCUCUCUCAUUCUUAAAACAAGCGCACACUGGUGUGUAGCACUCAUGUUGCUCUUGUAGUUUCGGGAGAGUUUGAAUAUUUGCUAAACCCGUUGCUGGCCAUGCGUUUGACAAUAGAGCAUUUACAUUGUUUUAUCUGUUUAAUGGUUGUACUAAAUGUGGAAAUCAGGUAAUUGUAUGCUUUACAUUUUUAAGUUAUAUGUUGUUAAAAAGUCAAGGGGCAUAUUGUAUCUAAAAAGCAACUGCAACUUACCCUGGUGAUGUAUGUACAGUAUGUGAAGUGUUUACGUUGAACAUUGAACCCCAUCACUUUUUAAACUGAUGUGACACGACUAAAGACAGAAGCUGUGGUCCCAUGAACUUCUAUCUUCUAACCCUUCCAUCAAGAUCAAAAGUUUGACAGUUUGCAAGAGUUUGACAGUUUGACAGACAUAUUCUGUGUUACAGACACUGUCUUAAAGUCUGUUAAUGCAGUAGUUUCAUGUAAGUGUGGAUGCUGGAUCGCAGAGUAAAUGAGACUGUGGCUCCCUCCAGUGUGAAGCUACUGAUAUUGUAUUUUUAACCCUCUCGACAGCUGGACUGAAAAGUGCAAAUAAGUCCAAAUAUUACAUCACAGGGAGGUUUGUGGAAUGUACAGAUGUGCACCAAACAACCAAAUAUCAGUAACAACUGUAUUGUUUUACGAAUCAGUGCUCUAACUGAACACGCAGCGUUUUGCUGCUGUAAGUAAAAUACACUGAUCUGUACAAUUUUGGCCGUGUUGAAUUGCAUCAUUGAAAGGAAAAAAAAA